CUAUUUACAUGAAUAAAAACAGUGUCUGUCUGAAGUUUUUAGGGAUUUUUUUUGUUGUUGUUUAAGGUGUUUGUAGAACGAAACAAAAUGUCCACGAAAUGAUGACCAGAAAGCCUCCUAUUUAAAUCAGUUUUGAGUCAUGUUUCAUGCAAAAUAACUGAGCAGAUUUUCUGCUGUUCUUCUUUCCGGUAAACUAAACAUGCACUCACCGGCCACUUUGUUAGGUAUACCGGGUCAACUGCCCAUAGUGGAAGUCGGUCAGUCGCGUCACAUAAUAGAAUUUUAGUGCAUUUAGAAAUGCAGACAUAGCGAGGAAGACCUUUUGAAGUCCAAACUGAGCACCAUAGUGGGGGGAAAGGUGAACGUGGCAUGGUUUUUGGUGACAGACAAGUUGUUCUGAGUAUUUCAGAAACUGCUGAUCUGCUGGGAUUUGACCACACACCCAUCGUUAGUGUUUACAGAGGAUGGUCUGAAGAAAAGAAAAAUAUCCAGUGAGCAGAAGCUCAGUGGACGAAAAUGCCUUGUUGAUGUCAGAAGACAAUGACCAGACUACUUCCAGCUCAUAGGAAGGCUACAGGAAGUCAAAUAACCACUUGCUCACAAUAGCUGAAGCUUGACGCAAACGGGCUACAGCAAGCGAGGAUAAAAUGUGCACCAAAAUUGGAUAAAGAUCAUUAGAACAUUAGAAAAACGCUGCCUGGUCUGUUAAGUCUGGAUUUCUGCUGCAACAUCAGAUGGCAGGGUCAGAAUAUGGAGUAAAGAACAUGAAAGCAAUGAUCAGUCCUGCUUUGUAUCAAAGGUCCAGGCUGCAGGUGGUGUAAUGCUGUGGAGGAUAUUUUCUUGGUAUUAAAAAUCCACCAAUGGAAAAGUUUGUGAUUCAGGAUCGGAACAAACGUUGCUGCACCAGUGAAACUCCAGCAGGAAGUCUGAGAAAAAAGAUUAAACAGGAAAGAGAUGAGAAAAUGAAGGAGGAAGACUCUGAAGAUGAUGAGGAUGCAGCCUUUGCAGAGUUCUCCAAUCCCGUUCCCUGGCAAAAAAUAGAAGCAGAGGGACUAGACUGUGAUUAUGCACUGCUUUUCUCUAAAGAGGAGGCAGACCGCCUUUUUACACAGCUGGAGGAGGAGGUGGUGUAUGCAACAGGUGAAGAGUCAAAGGUCCAGGUGUAUGGAAAGGUGUACAACAUACCGAGAAAGCAGGCCACGUAUGGAGAUGCAGGCCUAACUUACACUUAUUCUGGGGUGAGGCGUUUAGCCUGCCCAUGGACUCCAACUUUGGAAUACAUUCGAGACACUGUCACCAAAACGACGGGACAGACAUUUAACUUUGUCUUGAUCAACAGGUACAAAGAUGGGCAGGAUCACAUGGGCGAGCACCGUGACGACGAGAAGGAGCUGGACCCCCGCUGUCCCAUCGCGUCGGUCUCUCUGGGAGCAACACGGGACUUCGUCUUCAAACACAGAGACUCACGAGGAAAGCAGAGCCGCCGACAGAUUGAACCUGUGAAGCUGGAGCUCGCUCACGGAAGCCUGCUCCUCAUGAACCCGCCGACCAACACCUUCUGGUACCACAGCCUCCCUAUCCGCAAGAAGAUCCUCCUGCCUCGCAUUAACCUCACAUUCAGGCACAUUCUGCUGGACAGCAAGCGUGAGAGCAAGACGAAGCCGGAUGUAAAUUAGGGACAUGGCCAUGUGCACUGCUGAGCAACAGCUACUAACAGCACAGCUCCAAUUUAAGCAACUUGACACUCUGGAGGAAGACUUUUUUUUUUCAGUGAAUCAGCAUUUAACUUUACUCACCUCAUAUUCAUGUUUCUGUUCGAAAAGAAGGCAACGACUUCAGAUCAAUAAAUGUAAACAGUUAAGUUGA